AUGAUAAAAACAGUUGGGACCUUUUUUUGCGCCAAGGCAUUUGCACAACAAGGCUGCCCUUCUGAAUUGGAGGAAGUUGGGAGGAAAAUCGUCAAGAAAUGCAAAGGACUUCCACUGGCAAUCGUGGUGAUUGGGGGCCUUCUUCGAGAAUCACCCAAGUCACAAGAAUACUGGGAAAAGAUUGCUAAAGAGAAGCACUUGGUUCUUGAUUCAGUAGAGGGCUACAAACCAUUGAACAUUCUGUACUUGAGCUAUACGUACUUGCCACUUUGCUUGAAACUGUGUGUUCUUUACCUGGGAAUAUGUGCAGACUACGGCCUUGAAAUGACCGAACUCAUCAAACUUUGGGUGGCCGAGGGUUUCAUAAAGCAGAAUAAAACCCGAAGUUUGGAAGAAGUUGCAGAGGGCUACAUAGACGACCUUGUCCACCGAAGUCUCCUCUUCCGCACUCCUCUCAUAGUAUACAGGAAAAUGGUAAAAUACAGCAUUCACGAUCUCGUGAGAGACUUAUGCAUGAGGAUAAGUGAGAAAGAGAGCCUUUUAUGUGUCGAACGAGACCAAAACGGGAAGCGUCACGUUGCAGUUGAUAAAAGAAGUGCAAUGUUGUACACCAGAGAAACAGUAUCACAUCAUCGUCCAAUCAUAUCCCGUGAAAGAUGGGCAGCAGGGCGGCUAAGGGUGUUGGUUCGCGACAUCCGUCGCAUUGACUACACUUAUCCCGAAGUGAACUCCCGCCUUUUGUACCAUGAAGCAGAUAAGGAUGACGAAUAUAGCGACAUUAACCCUCAUGAUUAUUGGUCGGUUACUUACGAGCUUUCUUCACCGAUAUCACUACUUUGGAGUCUGCAGACUAUCAUUGUCACUGAAAUCUCAGACGUUGUGGCACCGUCUGAGAUUUGGGAGAUGCCGCAGCUUAGGCAUAUCGAUAUAUCAUCUGUCAGUAUUCCCAGUCCGGCUCCUAGUAGCGACGCUGUUGUUUUGCAUUACCUACAGACACUUCGUGAUGUGGAGGACUUGGUUUUCACUGAGGAUGUCUGCAAGAGAAUACCCAAUGUUAAGGAACUGGAGAUUUCUCAUUAUUUCCAUGAACGUGGUGAGGCGAGUUCUCGCUACCAUCUCCACGAUGUUGGUCGGUUCGACAAGCUUGAGAAGCUCGUGUACUCUUGCAAUAGCUUGGAGUUUCUAGAAGGUUCCUCACGGAACCUCAGGCUCCCGAGUUCCCUCAGGGAGUUGCAGUUGAAUGACUGCAAGCUUGACUCAUGUGAUGUGAAGAUUCUUGCAGACAGCUAUACUUUUCCUGUGUUAGAGAGGCUUUCACUUCAAUCAUUAUCCAAUUUCGAAGAGAUUCCUUCAGCCAUCGGAGAGAUUCCAACACUGAAGAGAAUCUCAAUGUAUGAUUGCAGAGAAUCUGCUUGCAUAUCAGCAGUUAACAUUCUAGAGGAGAAGGAGGAGAGCUUUGAGCAUUUUGGGCUUCGAGUUGAGAUCAAGUUCAGUAAGGAGAGUGAUGCAGAAAUGCUGGGGGAAAAAGUCGAAUUCGGUAGCAAAAAUCUUCUCAUCUCUGGCUUCCGUUGA